AUGAAAAUUUUUAUUUUUAAUUCUUGCUUAGUAAUUAAUAUUAAAUAAUUUAAUUGUGUCUAUAAUCAAUUUAUUACAGGUCAUAAAAAUAUAUAAAAUUAUCCUCAAUAAAAUCAAUUAAGCUUAAAUGGGCACACAUUUUAAUUUGAAAUGAAAUCUGUUGCUGGAGUGUGGACUUAUAAUUUAGCUUAUUUUGGGGAUAAAUACUAGUACAAUUAAGUUCUUAUUUUAAAUAAUUCAAAUACUUCGAAGACAAUUAAUCAUAUUCAUCAGUAAAGAAAGGAUGAGCAAUACAGUCAUAAGCAUUAUAUCUUAAUUUAGGGUCAAAGUUUAGCAUUUGAUGCAAUAAAUCAAGAGCAUUUUUAUUUUUAAUAUGAGAACUGAUUCGAAUAUUACCUGUUUGAUUUUGAUCAAGAUCUUCAUAUAUAGGUUUACCAAUAAGUAAUUUGUGAAAUACAGCUCCUGCACUAAAAAUAUCAAUUUUUUCAGUGAUUUUCGAAGAUGAGAAUACUUCAGGAGCAAUAUAUCCUCCAGUUCCAGCUCUAGAAUUGGAAGGAUUAUUGAGUAGACAGAGUCCUAGAUCAAUAAUUUUGAUUUAUAGAGGGU